UGUAAACACGGCGGUAAUAAGUCGGCCUGGUCUCUUGCUCUGCGGCGAGGACGAGCUGCAUAUAUGGUGCGACGGAUGGGCAUGAUGGGCUGGGAGUAAUGAAUUGCAGAGCUUCUACCCGGAGAACAAGUGUCACGCGGGGGCGGAAAAUGGCAGGGUGGUAGAGCGAGCGAGAUUGUUACCGGGGGGCUCGACGGCGCGACGCCUCCCGAUCUCCUCCGUCGCCUAGCGACCGACAGCGGCGCCUCCGCCUCCCUCCGGUGAAGCUCCCCCGAGCGCUACGCCUCCAAGUCCCUCUGCCCUCCGGCGACGGCCGACGGCCCGGCGGCCGCCCCCCUUGCCCCGAGCUCCACCCCGCCUGAAGCUCGCGCCCCCUCCGGCGACGGCGACGCGACGGCCCGGCGGUCGUCUUCCACCUCCGUCGACCAGGUUUGAUCAGGAGUUUGUAAGAAGCUCCUGGAUUAUAACUGAUCAGAUGCUUGGGCGCAACAAUAUGUCGCCCGACAGACUAGAGGCCGUGCUGAUGCUGUUGAUGCUCAUGGUUUACAAUGCUUCAGGAGCAUUUGUUGGUAUCAACAUUGGCACUAACGUGUCAGACCUGCCAUCAGCAUCAGACAUAGUCUCCAUCCUUAAAGCCAAGAAGAUUCAACAUGUUCGCUUGGUUGAUUCAGACCAUGAGAUGCUAGUCGCCCUUGCGAAUACUGGAAUUGAAGUGAUGGUUGGUGUGCCAAAUAAUCAGCUGCUCCGCGUGGGGCAAUCUCGUCCGACAGCUGCUGAUUGGAUUAACAAGAAUGUUGCUGCCUACAUUCCAGCAACAAACAUCACGUAUAUUGCCGUGGGUGAUGAGAUUCUUACUACUGUCCCAAAUGCAGCUCUUGUUCUAGUACCUGCAUUGCAAUUCCUCCAAUCCGCACUGUUGGCUGCGAACCUCAAUACCCAGGUGAAACUAUCAAGUCCUCAUUCAAUGGAUAUGAUCUCUAAGGCAUUUCCUCCUUCUACUGCCACUUUCAACUCGACAUGGAGCUCAGUAAUGUUACAGUAUCUUGGAUUUCUGAAGAAGACAGGAUCUUCCUUCAUGCUUAAUGCUCAACCAUACUAUGGCUAUGUGAAAGGGCAAGGUGUAUUCCCUUUAGAGUAUGCCCUGUUUCGAUCACUCAAUCCCAACAGUCAGAUUGCAGAUCCGAACACCAAUUUGUUCUAUACCAAUAUGUUUGACGCUAUGGUUGAUGCCACAUACAACUCAAUGAAAGCAAUGAAUUUCACCGAUAUUCCUGUUAUGGUCACAGCUUCUGGUUGGCCAUGGCAUAGUGCACGCAAAGAACCGGCUGCGGAUGUUGAUAAUGCUCUGGCCUACAAUACAAAUCUCAUACGCCAUGUACUAAAUAACUCUGGUACCCCUAGCCAGCCAAAUAAUCAAGUAAGCACAUACCUGUUUGAGUUGUUCAGUGAGGAUCUUCGGUCAGGAUCUGUUUCGGGGGAAAGUUGGGGGAUUAUGUUUAGCAAUGCAAGUGCAGUGUACUCCCUGACAUUUGAAGAUGUGGCUACAGCUAGUACUGAUUCACCGGCUUUGCACGGGAUGUUUUGUGUGGCAAAUUCAAGUGCACCCCAUAGUGCAUUGAAGCAAACUUUGGAUUGGGCAUGUGGCCCUGGUUCCGCAAACUGCAGCGCAAUUCAACCUGGGCAGCCGUGCUACAAACCAGAUGACACUGUAGCUGUUGCUUCGUAUGCUUUCAAUGAUUAUUAUCAUAGAACACAAGCAAGUGGAGGAACAUGCAACUUUAAUAGCACAGCAACGAUAUCAUCUACGGAUCCAAAACUGGAAGUAGCUCAAUUGUGGAAGUAUUGGUUUGACCAAUCCUGAUGACUUGGCUUGUUUAUUCUCCAUACGGCUUAGACACUAUUGGAAACCAACCAGCAAGAUUCAGACGCUAUUGUUUAUUCACCACGCGGCUCAGACACUAUUGGAAACCAAUACAAGGAAAACAGAUCUAUGGUUGUAGUACUGAAUGUACAUGUUUGUUUCCUUGUAUAUCGAAUGAGGCAUUAUAAACAUGGGUAGGAGUCCGAAGCCAAUCAUCUGAUCUGGUCAUGCUAAUAUAUAGAAACCAUAUACCAUUAGUUGGUUAGAAAAUCGUGACAGUCAUCUUGUAGUUACUCACAUUCUAAUAUAAGGUUCUGUCUUGUUAUUCAAGUGUUUGCUGUUACAAUAUUGCAAUCACCGCUUUGGUUUGUGACAUGAGCUUAAACAAAGUUUCCCCUGAAUUUAAAC